AGAAGCCAGUGGACUCAGCCACGCCUGUCGCUCCGCGCAGGGCUUUCUCCCCGCUUCAAGGGAGCUGAACGACCUGGAAGUUGUCAUGGCUGGAUUAUAACAAUGAAUAAGUUUGAGGAUCUGCUGAUCUCUGGCACAUCGUCCCAAAUUCGAACAGUGCACAAUGAGACAUCAUGUAGGAAGAACUGUGCACCAGUAUUUUCGCUGCUGAGGAAAAAACUUCAUCUCUAGCAGAUGCAGCCUCUUCUAACCUAAUGCAUGACAAUGGAUCAUGAGGAGGUAUGCCCUGACACUGACUGUGUUUCUGUGCGACUUCAGGAGGACGGCUUGCCGCCACAGGCCAGUGCUGAAGAGAAGCAGCAACAUCUGUGGCAGCAGCUGCGCAAGAGUGAGGCGGAUCUUCAGUCAGCCACCCGGGAGUUGCAGACAUUACGUCUCCAACAGGCGAAUGAGAUGAAGGAGGUGGAGAGCUAUGUUGCACACAUCCGAGGACUGCUGGAAGAGCGUGAAUGCCUGACUGCAGAGUAUGAGAGAGACAAUGAACACCUGCGGCAUGAGCUUCACCAGAUCAAACACCAACAAGAGAGUCAAAGCAAAGAGCUGGCUGAAAUGUUGGCUCAGGAGGACCUGGGUGAGAUGGGCUUGAACAGCCCCAGCGAGCAAGUAGCGUACUUGCUUGUGGAGAGGGCAACACUGCUGGAACGGCUGGAGUCUGCUGAGAGGAGACUGGAGAGUCAGAGUCUCACCAGCAACAUGAAUGAGGAGCGUGUCUGCCAGCAGAUGGGGGAGGAGCUGAGGCAGCAAAGGGAAGACAUACGGAGGACGAUGGACAGCAUGACCAAGCAGUGCUCAUCACAGAGUCCGUGGAAGAAGCUGUUUGGCCUACGCAGGUCUGGUCAGAGCAAACACAAUAUUACCCCUGCCCACAAUGAGCAGAUUUCCCAGGAGCGAGGCGAGCGGCAGCGGCUGGAGCGGGACCUGGAGGAGGCGUCGAGGAGGCUGGCGAUGGCUCAUCAGGAUAUCCGCAGACUCACCAAUGAGCUGGACGCUGCCAAAAACAACAACGUGGACCCCAGUGGAUCUGAGCUUCAGGGAACUGUCCAAGAAGUAGAGAACCUGAAGAAGGAAGUGGACAAACUGAAACACUGUGACAUGAUGAAUUUGCAGCGAGCCAAAGAGCAAAAUGACGUAUUAGACGCUGAGAACAAAGCACUGCGGGCAAGAGUGCUCACUGUGGAGUCUGAAAAGAAGAUUCUCCUGGAGCAGAUGACAAUGAAUGAAACCGCCAAAGAAGAUCAAAUGGACAAGAGUGCAGUCAGUGAGCUACAAAACAAUCCGCCUGCUCUAGAAAAGGAUCCUGUUCAUAAAAGGUGUCACGAGGCGCUGGAAGAUGGCCUCGUGCAGGUGAGAGAGCUGCAGCGACAACUCCAGAGACUCCGCAAGCAGCAGGAGGAGCUGGAGGAGAGGAACGAAGAGCUGGAGGCUCUGCUGGGGGAGGCUCAGAAUGUCAGCAAGGAGGACAGGCAUCGGCACGAAGGAGAAGUGGAGGGGCUGCACAGGAGGAUUAAACAUCUGGAGGCAGAGCUCCGGAAGCAGGAUGCUCAAGAAAAAAUGUUGAAGAAUGGAGAAGAGGCGAAAACAACGGAGUCAUUUUUACAGUUGCACCUGAGAGACAGCAGCCAGGAGAGACUGGCUCUGCUCGAGGCUCGCCUGACUGAGGAGAAGGACUGGAGGAAGCAGCUGGAGUUGGACCUCAGUGCUGCUCAGGCUGCGCUCAAAAAAGAUAAGGAGGCUUUGCAGAUAGGCGAGCGAGAGCUGAAGAAACUGAGACUGGAGGUGAACAGCCUUCAGACAGAAUGCCAGCAGGGAAAAACUCUUAUCAAGAGCCUCACUCAAGUCAAGGGCGAGAAAGCAGUUCUGGAGGAAAAGGUGGCUCAGAUGGAGCGCGCUCACAACAGACUGCAGAACGAGCUGGAAGGCUGCAAGAGCAGCUACCAGAUCCAGGAGGACCUGCGGGGAAACAGGCUUCACUUCGACCAGCUGCAGGAAAGAGAUGAGCGGCUGACUGCCGAGCUCAGCAGCCUCCAGACAGAACACAACACUCUGAGGGACGCCAUGACCUCUGCGCGGCUGCAGAAUGCCGAGCUGGAGGCCAAGCUGAGUGCCAGCGUUCAGGAGAGGCUGGCGGCCGAGGGGGGACGAGAGAGGCUGGAACUGGAGAUCCAGCGCCUCAAUAAGCAGUUCCAGUGGCAUCAAGAGCAACUGUCCUCAACAAAAGAAGCUCUCAGCAGCAGCCAGAAGGCCGAACUGAACGCAGCUCGUACAGAAGCGAGGCUCAGCCCUGUGGACAGGUCCAAGGGAGAGAACAUGGCUCAGGAGCUGAGUCACCUGCAGAGCAGGCUGGUGGAGGAGCAGAAGUUGGCUUCGCAGCACCAAAUGGCCCUUCAGGCUCAGGUCAAUGAAGCUCAGGCACUUAUCAAGUCCCAAGAGUCACUGCUGAACCAGAAGGCAGAGGAGGCCAAACAGAUGAAGCAAGACCUGCAGAGGGCCCAGAGCCUGUUCAACUCUGCCGAGAGGGAGCUGCGCUACGAGAAGGAGAAGAACUUGGACCUGAAGAAACACAACACCAUCCUGGACCAGGAAAAACUCAAGCUCUGUGCGGAACUGAAGCAGGUCCAGACCAAACUGGCGCACGUGGAGCAGAAGGUCCAAACCCAGGAGAGCGAGUGUGAGCGGCAGCAGAAGAAAAUAAGGGAGCUGGAGCUGGAGCUGGCUCGCAACAACACGAACCGCAACGCCACCUCCAGUCUGCAGGAGGACCUGCAGGCGGAGAGGGCCAGGCUCAUUUCUGCUGACAAAAAGGUGGUUGAACUGCAGCAGCAGCUGAAGAACGCUCAACACCAGCUGCGGGUGGAGGAGGCCCGGGCCAGCGAGAGCAGCCGCCUGGAGAGAGACAGCAGGGACCUGUCCGACUCCUUGUCCGCCCUGAGAGCCCAGCAGCAAGAGCAGCACAUCACCAGGAAGCUGCUGGAGCAGCGUGAGGAGGAGCUGCAGCAGCAGGUGCGCUCGCUCAGGCUGAAGGAAGCCUCGCUCAACAGGACAAACACGGAGCUCAGCCACCGUGUCCAGCAGCUGGACGCCCGUCUGUCCAUCCUCGAUGCUGAGCUCGCCAAGGCGAGGGAGGAGACGAAAGAGAGCCAGAGGUCCAGUCACAGAGCGCAGGAGGGUCUGAUGGCCAGUCAGCAGGAGUGUGAAAGACUGCAGGGGGAACUGCAGCAGGCUCUCCUUCAGCUGGAUGCCUACGUCAGGAAGUACAAUGAAAAGCAGAGUCAGCACAAAACCAAACUGCGUCAGGCCAAGCAGAUGUUUCUUAAGGCGACGGCGCAGAGGGACUGCACCAUCCAGAAGCUGGAGAAUGACCUCUCGCUGGCCUCCAGCCUUUCACACAAGGAGAGGGAGCGGAUCCACACAGUGCUGGAAGAAAACGAGAAGCUUCUGGAGGAGAAGCGGGAUCUGUUGAGAAGGAUCAGCGAGGCUGAAGACCUGGGCAGCAAAGGCAUGAGGACUGCCUCAACCGUCCAGCACAGGGUGAACGUGUUAGAAGUGGAGAACAGACAGCUGCAGGACCGGACGCUGAAGCUCUCCAAUCAGGUCAGCUCCUUGGAGCGCGCCCUGAGGAACGUCCAGUCCUACUACAGCCUGGAGAGUGCCAAAAAAGUGCUCCCCUCUGACAGCGUCUCUGACGGCCUCCUGCAAACAUCUGCCCUCAGUCUGACAGCAGGCGCCUGUGACCCGCUGGACAUCCUGGACGCCCUCUGCCGGGUCAAGGCGGCGGAGCACAUGGUGGCGGACGCGACGCGGGCGGCCUUAUCCACACAGCCGCCUCCGGAGCAGGGGUACCUGAACCUGGCCUGCCCCCUGGCUCCUCCAGCCACCCCCAAAGGCACAGAGGAGCGCUCUGGUAGCAGUAACCAGGUAUGAGGAGGAGGAGGAGGAGGACGGCAGGAAAGAGGCAGUCGCUGCGCUUGUUCGCAACAGAAAGCCACCAGAUGGGAGCAGUUAUGGAAGUCCAAGUAUUCACCACUUCCUCCUCAGACAGAGAUCUGACCAGGAGAACGAACAAAAGCCAGUAAAAUGCAAAUAAUCCUUGUCAAAGGACAGUAAUAAUGAACGGAAGCUUCCACUGCAGUUCUGCUCAGGGUGUCUGCGUUGUAGUCUGAAUAGGGGGGUUUUCGGCUUGCACUGUAUUUUUAUCACAGUCCGCUCUUGGAGCAUAAUUUGAUUUAUUUAACGAUAAUCCAGAGGAGUGUCAAUUUAAUAAUUUUUUUAUUUAAUAUUUUAUAGCAGUCGGGAGGUGAUGCUUACUUUGUUUUUGCAGCCCUCUAAGUGGCACGGUCUUGUUUGCACCAAAAUCAGAUCAAACCUGAAGGCCUCAUGUGACGUUUCAGAGCGAGACAGGGUACUUCCCCUUACUGCAGUCCAUGUCAAUAAGACAUGAGAGGUAUUUGAAUAAUAUAAACUCAGCACUUUAUAGGAUAUUUCAUGUGUUUACAUUCGGGAAAUGGCAGCAGAAUGCAAUAGUAUGGUAUUAUUGACUGACAGUCUUUAUGGCAGCGGUUUGAUGCCUGCAGUGCCCGUGGUGUUGAUUAGUUAUGAUCUUAAUGUGUCAAAAAUGAAAAAAAAAAGUCUUAAACCACGUGAGCAUUUUUAAGUUCUGUUUUCUAUCACGCGUGUGGCAUGCCGAUGGGAGGGAGUGCACCCUGAUGAAGGUCAAUGUGAAAACCUUGUGAGCCACUCCAGUAUUUCGUCUGCAUGUAGUUUGAAAAGCAUGUAAAAAAAAAAAAAUAUAUCAGAAAAGCAAUAACCUCCUCACAUUCUUGUUUUUCUUGAAUUGAAUCUAUCACUUCUGUGUUAGUUUUCCAAGGACGCGGGCCUCUGGCGGCGCCGUCGGCAGAGACGUGGGCUUUGUUCGUGGCAUUAACGUGUACGAUUGUUUUAAUAUCGUCCCCCCCUCGGUGGAAACUCCUCAGUUUUGUCUUCGAUGUGCCUGAAUCGAUGAAGUGUUAAACUUUAUCCUGCUGCUGUGUUGAAAAAGAAAGUGACUUUUUAAAUCAUAGGCGACCCAGAUUUUUUUUUGUUGUUGUAUAUUUGUAAGAGCACAUUUUUAAACACUAUUUU